AUGGGAAUCACAUUUGCUAAACCUGUACCUUCGAUGUGUAUGGGAUGUACAGACGUCGUGAUUCCUAUCCCCGCAUCGACGAGCGCUGUCGCCGUGCCAGCUGACUUCUUUGGCUUUGGGUUCGAAUCUGGACUUCUCCAUCAUUAUGAUAAUACAUUCUCAAAUAACAUGGUCCACUCUAUUCAAUCACGCAUGAGCAAGCCGCUGGUCAUUCGUGUUGGCGGUACAAGCGGUGAUCAUAUUACUUUUGAGAAAGAGCAAACCAAAGUUGCCUCUGAUUGUCAUUCAAAGAAUGAUAUCUGCACCAGUCUGAACAAUUAUACUGUUGGACCGGGCUACUUUGACACUUUAAAACUCUUCCAAGGUUCUCACUGGACUCUCCAGGCUCCCAUGGGAGAUGAUAUGAAGAUCGAAGACACAAUGGCUUUCCUGCAGCAGGCUUGGGAUGCCGCCACCAACAAAGGAGCGAACAAGGAGAGAGUGGCUGCCAUUGCGCUUGGUAACGAGCCAAACUGGUACAAGAAAUAUGAUGUCGACGGCUAUAUCCAGCGAUCGCAAACGAUUGAAGAACGAGUCGUUAAGGAUUUCAAAUUGAAGGGAGACGAGACUCGAAUUUUCCAGACCGGAGAGAUUGCGGCCGAAGUGGCAGGGAAAGCCGAAUCGCCCAGCAAGUUUACGCUCUUGAAACUCAUCACGCCUCUUUUCAAGGCAAAGUCUACUCAGCAGAAAGAAAUCAAGUAUGCUGCUGAGCACUACUACCAGGUGAUUGGCGGAAACAACAAGGACCAUGAAUAUGGUACCGAAGACCUGAAAACCACUUUGAUGAAUCAUAAAGCCAUCACUGAUAAGCUUGCGCCUUAUGCGCAAGAUGUCAAAUCCCUGAGUGCCAUCGACAAGUCUGUGCCCCUGGUUAUUUCUGAAGCAGGAUCCGCCAUCGGCCAUACCAAAGUCGAGUUCGCAGGCGGCUUUGGUGCAGCCAUUUGGGCAGUCGACUUCCAUCUAGCUGCCAUGUCGCGUGGCAUCCAAAGAGUGUGCAAUACGCAUGGACCCAAUGCAACACACGCUUGGUGGCUACCUGAUGAUACGAGCGAGCACGCGAAGACUCCCGCUGUCCAGGGUAUCUUCCCAGCAGCCCCCUUCAUUACUGACUUUAUUGGCAAGGGUAAUUUGGGGAAGAUUAAGGAGAUUGACCUCCAGAACGAUUUCCUCAGCGCUUAUGCAAUGUUUGAUCAGAAGACUGGCAAGUUGUCUCGCAUCGCAGUGAUAAAUUUGCGCCAAUGGGAGUCUGGCCCGGCCGUUCGUCCAAGAUAUGUUGCUCAGAUUGCUGUUGAUAAGGAUGUGAAAUCAGCCGUUGUUCAACGCAUGCAGUCCGAAUAUGGCGCGGCUGCUAUUGGGUUCGAUCUCGGUGGCCCAGAGCAAAAUGUGACUUGGAAUGGUGAGCAGUGGAGCUGGAAGGCUGAUAAGGGCAUUGGUCAUAAGGUCGCAGGAUACGAGGAGGAGCAUUUGAUUAUAACUAAGGAUGAGAACAAGAACGGAAAAAUCUCGGUCAACGUUUGGGAUACGGAGGCGGUGAUUGUAAAUCUCUCAUGA